AUGCCGUUGUUUGGUCAGUUUGACCGUAAGGUGUGCGUCCAAGUCGGUGUGGUGGGAGUCAUUGUCUUGAUGGCUCUGGUCUGUGUGGUGCAACUCUUGAGCAUGUCCUCUGGUGACCUUGACACAGAAAUGGCCCACGAGACGCGCAUGCGCAGGCAGGUGAAGAUUGAUUAUCCGAGUCUUAGUCUCCCCACGUACAUCAGAGACAUGGCCCCAUUACCAGACGUCAGGAACAUCUCCAUGCAGAUCAAAGUAAAAACUGGCUUCCGGACGUUUGACACAAAAAGCGGAAAGCAACACUGGGUGUACGUGAGGGAAACAGUGCCGCUAGAGUAUGACAAUGAGACUGACAGCAAGCAGGACAUUCUUCUCUUCCACGGGGCCAGAUUCAGUUCUAAGACUUGGGAAGAUCUGGGUACCAUGAACCUCUUAUCUGCCCUAGGGUACCGGGUGGUCGCCGUCGAUAUACCAGGUUUUGGUCGUUCCCCGCGUGUCGAGGUGACUGACCGGGUGGAGUUUGUCCGCGACCUGAUCCCUGAGUUCGGUUUGAACUGGCCCGUUCUUGUGACACCGUCGAUGAGCGGAAGUUACGCCUUGCCCUUUGUGUUCCGCGCUGAACCUCCUCAUAUCACAGCCCUGGUUACUCUGGCGCCUGUUUUCACCGCAGAGUUCUCCAGACAGCAGUACAAAAACUUCAUGAUUCCCACAUUAGCGAUUUACGGAGAAAACGACCUUGACAUUGGCCUCUCCGGUAUAACGGAACUUUCGUACAUGGGCAAUAAAUACGCAUACAUGAUACCAGAUGCAGGACAUGCCUUUUAUAUCUCUAAGACCCGGAUGUUCCACCAGAUCCUCUACAACUUUCUGGAAGCUUUGCCAAGCAAUUACAUAUAG